CUUCUUUCUCUCCCUAAAGACGCAAUCCUCACUGUAAUCUGCUCAGCUCUCAUCUUUGGCUCCUCCACCGCCGCCGCAAGCCACGCCGGCGAGCCCUUACCCCUCUCCCUCAUGGACCCCUUCUAAACCCUAGCCUCAGUUCUUCUAAACUACCCUAAUUCUUUCUCUCCAUCAGAGGGCUUCUCUCUUGAGUCUCAAGACUCCUCUCAACCCAUCCGUUGCCGAUGGAGAAUCACUCUUAUUCUUCCUACCCGGAUUCCGGCGAUUCCUCUCCCCGAUCGCGUGAGAUCGACCUGGAGAAUGCUACCUGGGACGAGCCUCCCAAUUACAAGGUGAAAUUCAUGUGUAGCUAUGGCGGCAAGAUCCAGCCUCGCCCUCACGAUAAUCAGCUCGCUUACGUCGGCGGUGACACCAAGAUCCUCGCUGUUGACCGCAGCAUCAGAUUCUCCGGCAUAAUCUCCAAGCUUUCUAACCUCUGCGACACCGAGGUCUGCUUCAAGUACCAACUCCCAGGUGAAGACCUCGACGCCCUCAUCUCCGUCACCAACGACGAGGAUCUCGAGCACAUGAUGAUCGAGUAUGACCGUCUUCACCGCGCCUCUGCUAAGCCCGCUCGUCUUCGCCUCUUCCUCUUCCCAAUCAACCCUCCUACUCCCGCUGAGCCCAAAGCCGACUGGUUCGUCGACGCCUUGAAUUCCUUGCCCAUCCAAUCUAUGGAUGGCACUUCCCCCCCUGCGGCAGCCGCUAAGCAGACCAACCCUGAUUUUCUCUUCGGAUUGGAUAAAGGAUCAGCGCCGCCGGUUCCUGCUGCUAAUUUGCAAGAAUCUGCCCCGGAAACGGCGGUUUCGGGGGUACCUCCUAGCGAAAUUUCCUCCCUGUCAGAUUCGAACAGAGAAGAUCGGCAUAUGGGAGGAGGGGAACAGCUUUUGUCCCAAGUGGAGAUCCAGAGGCAGAUUCAGGAGCUGCAAAGACUACAGUUAGCUAGCCAAGAGCAACAACCCGUGUUCCAGAGAAAAAGUGAUGAGAACCUUACCAGGGCAUAUGCCGGUGAAUACUACGUCCAACAGGUUCCUGAGAAGACGGUUCCGGCGCCAGCAGCAGUUCCAGCGACGAUGUCGAUUCCGGCGGCCUACUGGCAGGAGAGGCACAUGACGACUGGAGGAUACGCUCCUCCCCCACCACCAGUACCGGCGACCGGAGCUGAACAACCGGUUUAUCUGAUGCACCCACCGGCGGGGAUGUACCAGUCCCCGCCGACCAUGAGGCCGGUGACGAAUCAGAUGGGUCAGGGGUAUUACGCGAUGCAGAGAAUGGUUCCGGAUGUCUAUAGGGAUUCAGGGAUGUACGGUAUGGGCCCACCUCCACCCCAACAACCACCAUCUCAGCCAGGGAAGAUGGGGAUGGGAGGGUAUGCCGACGGAGGAGGGGUUGGGUUGGUAAGGCAACCACAACCACCAUCAGCGGCGGCCGGGGGAGUACCGGUGCAGAUGACGGCGGAGACGGGGUAUACACAGGUGGGGUAUGACAGUGCAGGAAGGCAGGUGUACUAUACUGCGCCGGGAGGGAUGGUGCCCCAGUACCAAACAGUGAGUGCGGCGAGCGUCGAUGUUAGACAAGGUGGUGGAGCAUUGAACCCAGAGGGUAAGUUAACCAAGGUAUCGCAAGCGUCCGUGUGAUUUUCCCUCUCUCCCUAUAAUAUAAAUCUCUUUCUUUCUUUCUUCUAAUAAGUAGUGUUACAAGUCAGUAAACUCUGCUGGGUUUUGUUAAUUUUGUGUGUAAUGUAUGCCGUGAAAAUCAGUUUAUCGUUUAUAUACAUAUAUUAUAUUUCUUUUGAUUAAAUCGAAGAAUAAUAAUCAUCUAUUUACUCAAUCUUUCAA